UCUGUCGUGUGGGCCCCUCAGGCAGCGGCGCGGAGCGGGCCGGCGGCGGAUCGCAGCACCAUGUCACCGGGCAGCGGGGUGAAGAGCGAGUACAUGAAGCGCUACCGGGAGCCGCGCUGGGACGAGUACGCGCCGUGCUACCGCGAGCUGCUGCGCUACCGCCUCGGCCGCCGGCUGCUGGAGCAGGCGCACGCGCCCUGGCUCUGGGACGCCUGGGGCCCGGACUGCGCCUCGGACGACUCGGCCUCGUCGGCGGCGUCGGGCCCCGCGCCUCGGUGCGCGCUCGCGGACCCCGAGGAGGCCUCGGAGGCCUCGGAGGCCGCGGAGGCCUCGGCGCGUGAGGAGCCCGAGCGGCCUGCUGGGGAGCGGGGCGCGGAGGCCGGGGACGAGCAGGACGCGGCGCAGCCAGCACUGCCAGUGAAAGAUGUAGAAGAAAAACCCGAACAACAAACCAGAGUGAAGGAGACGGACAGGUUACCCGCUGGUGUCAAACCCCGACAGCAACCAAGUGCCUUAUUUGCUAGAGGAAGUAGGAAAGCUGUCAGAAGCCCCCAAAGAUCAUCCACUAAAAUAAAAGAAAACAAGCACCCAUUUGCUCUUUACGGCUGGGGAGAGAGACAGACAGACACCGGAAGCCAGAAGACCCACAACGUCUGUGCCUCUGCAUCGGUGCAUGAGAUUCACGAGUCGGCGCUGCGGGCCAGGAGCAGGAGGCAGGAGGAGAAGAGGAAGCUGGCUGCUCAGCGGCAGCGUGCGCACUCGGUGGAGGUGCAGAGGGGCAGGACAGCGAGGGCCCCCUCUGCAGAGAACCCCUGGGUGACGGAGUACAUGCGCUGCUUCUCAGCAAGGGCCUAGAGCUCCCCAGGGGCCAGUCUGUCUGUGACCCGGAUCUGGCCGAGAGACCUUGACCAUGCAGGGCCUCUCGGAGAACAGCUAAAGGCUGUCCUGUCGUGAAUCUCAUCACCUACGUCAGCAGUAGGGCAGAAAGCUGAAGCCAUAGACACUUGGUUACCUGUGAAGACAAGCCCCAGGCCCCUGGUAUUCUUGUUAGAGUUGUGUCUGUGAGCAUCUUUCCUUUGAGUUACUGACACCAGAUGCCUUUAAACAACUAUGAGGCUUCCGUCCCCCUCUAGGUGGCACAGGUGGGCUGUGUCACCCACCUUAGGGGCCUCCAACUCACACUUGUGAGGUCCCCGUCCUGCACGAGAUUUGUGUUUACUGACACGUGGUUUUCUUUGUGAGAGAGUAUCCAGCAAGUAUCACUCCCCGUGGCCUCGGGCCCAGUUCUCCCCAGGAUCUAGCAUCCAUCUGUGGUGAAGCAGGGCUGUGAUGGCUACUGCAGGUACAGAGGUGCUUGUGUUUCAGCUCACACCAACCUUCACACGGGUCGUGUGUUCAAGGAUUGGGCUGGCGAGGCCUGGCUUCUCUGGAUGAUCUCCUAGGCGCUCCCUCAGCAGUUUAAUAGCCACACACAUUCCAGUAGACACAGCGCGGCCACUGUGUGUAGGUGGUUAUGCAGUUGCUGUGAGCCAGUUCACCUCUCUUUAAUUACAGCAUUUCUCUUCAGAACAUAUAAGAUAUAGCUGGCCACGGUUACAGGCUGUGGACUCUAGCCUCUUCUGCAGCAGCUGGCAGGACAUGUAGAAUGCGUGCCCUGGAAUCACAUGGAAUGAACUGAGACACUCUCAGAGACACUGCCCACCUGCCUUCUCCACUCUUCCUUCUGCAGAACUUGGUCUUGGUGGUUUGUGGUGUUCCUGCUUCAGGUUGAACUGACUGUGUUUGGCUCCUGGCCAGCAGAUCUUACCUACACCUUACAGGAGCUUGGGGGCCUGAGCGCAUGCAGCUGUGUCUCAGCAGGGCUGAUCCUUUUGUGCAUUUGCCUCUAGGAUGGAAAAUGGUCUUCACACUGAUUUCUCAGGUGCUGGGUGGGUCUCCCUGCUGACGAGGCCUGUCCAGGAAGGACGAGGGCAGGUGCUCUAGGGGAACGAGCAGGUCCUGCAGCUUAGCCCCUGCGGGCGUCAGUGGAAAGUUGGUGUUGGACUUGAGGCUUGACAUGCCUGGGUUUUCACUCAGGGUCUCUCAAGUCCGCUGGCUCUUAGCACACAGACUGGUCUCACUCCACAUAAAUUCAUCAUCUUGUCACUGUGUCGAGCCGUGAAAGUGCCUCUUAGAGCCUCCUGAGUGCUGUGGUCCUGAGGUGAGUCCUGUAUGGAGAGCGUGCCUUGUCGUGGAGGAGUGUGCUUACCAAGAAGAAGUUCUACAUGGUGUCUGACACCCUGGCUAUGAGUUCUAGUGAACUUUGAUUUAACCAGUCACACAUCUUCAAAUGCUGUGGGAACCUGUGGGUCACAUAACCCUGGCAUGGUGACGGUGUGGCUCAGGUGGUUUCACCCACUGGCUGAGCAUCAUGUUGCAUCUGACUGUGUUGGAAAGUCAGCCAGGCAUGGCACCUGGCACCCUACUCCUCCAGCCUGUGUCUGCCGGAUGUCUAGGAAACACACUUGUCUGUGCGCUUUCCCCGACUCCAGGCCUGGAAGGCAGAUUGGCAAGUCUCCCUUCUUUAUAAGUGAAGAUGGAUGGACAAGGUAGUUAAGGGACUUCUCAUGUGCAUGAACAACCAGUGGCUGAGUGUGGUAGCUGUGGUCCCUCCUGUCUGAGCCCUCGAUGGUCGAGAUCCUCCUCUUCCCUUUUCUCAAGGGCACAGUUACCUUUUGAGCCUAUGAAUUUUUAAAAAUUGUAACAAUGUGACAUUCCUACUUUCUUCUUUUACUGGGAACUGAUGUGGUGGUGGUCAUGUUCCUAAUUCUUAGGACAUGUUGCAAGACAGGGAGAUAGUGUAAAGCUGCCUUCAGGUUGGAAAAGUAGAACUGGUUGGAAUCCAGUGUUAUUUAAAUGCUACAUAAAGUCUUUUUAAAAUUUUGGCUUUAAGUUCUUAUUAAAACAAUUUGCCAUAAACCAA